AUGGCUUUUCGUAUUCGUCCGGCGACGGUGAAAGACGCCGAUUUCAUCAUUGGCGCCUUUGACUCCGUGAUCCCGGUGCUCAUCGAAGCUGGCAACGCCGGACAAUGGGGCACCGAGCUCUUCUCCGACAAGGACGGCUUCCCGGACUCGACCCGCGAUGACCUGGCGCAGUCGGAGCACUUUCGCACGACGGGCCAAGGCGAGCGCAUGCGUACCUUUGUUGCAGAGGCCCAUGGGUCUCGGGCUCGCGUCGCAUUCAUCACCAUCCGGGAGGGGCAUUUUUCACAGCAUAUCUCAUCUCUCGGCGCGCUAAAGGCAUCUGUGGACGAGGCAGAAAGCUUGCCGGGCGGUUUUUCCUACAUUGACGUGCUGAUAGCAGACCAGCGUGUGCCGCAGGAUCAACGCAGAGGAGCCGGUGCGGCCCUCAUCGAGCACGUCAAGCAGCAUACGAGGGAGAUUGGGGCGCGAGACGUGUAUGUCGACUGCUGGUCCGGCGGCGACGGAAAGCUGGUACAGUACUAUCACAAUGUGGGCUUCAAGUCGAUUGCGUCGCUGGAAUUCAAGAAGAAAGACGGCAGCAUCUGGGCUGGGAUACUGAUGCGCAUGCAGCUCGAUGGUGAACAGUAA